ACUUUUUUAUGAAAACUCAAAAUUUCCCAAUAGGCGAAUUUUGGCAAUUGUAAAGAGUCAAGGAGUUUUACAUCGGCUCUUGAACGUUUGGAACUAGAGGCGGAAAUUGAAUCCAGAAAUGAUACGAUACCGCUUUGUCGAACAAGCGAUGUGCAAACUGAACCACCCGAUGAUAUUGACCAAGAAUUGUUCGGUUUAAAUGCUAAAGAUAUGUUGCCCUAUAAGAAAUCUGUUCAACAUUCUGACAUUUUGAAUUUUCAAGGUGUCAUGCAUUCACCAGAAGAUAUUGCUCGUUACUGGAAAAAAGACUCGCGAAUGUGGCUUUGGAAAUCUGUAAAGCUCAUGCGAAGAAGGAACAAAUUAAAAUCAUCUAACAUAUGUUCAGUAAAUAAAGAAAAUGAAGAAGAGCAAUAAUCUGAAUACCAUCUACAAUUUUAGAU